UUUUCUAACCGAAUCACUCCAUUCAAAUCAAACGCGGAUUUUAGCAAACAUGAUGGAACAAGUAAAAUUUUCACGGUUUUGCAAUGGAGUCGAGGCCGCCUACUUUCAACCCCUUCCAGCCUCGUAGUAGGCGUAGGGUUCGUUAAACCAACUUUCCAACUACCUUCCCUGUAGGACCCAUACAUAUGCAUAUCUAACCCAUCGCCACACUACGAAGAUCUGUCUGGCGGAUUCUCCAAUGUCAGCCUUCCUUUGAAUAUAUUCAUUCUCAACCCACAAAACCCCCCAAAACAAAAUCACACCAGAAAGCCGUUCAAAUCUGGAGCUUUGAUCGGUAAAGUUUCUCAGCUCUUGUUCAUUCACUUACUGUUUUCUUUGCAUUUGUUGUUCUUUCCAAAGCAUUGAACAUGGACAUCCCACUCUCUCGUUACCAAAACCUGUCAUUAUAUCAGAUUCAGAGUAUUUGCAGAUUUCCAUAUUCAUUUCCAGACCCCAAAAAUUUCGGAGAAAAGUCUUUGUUUUCUGGGUAUUCUUUGUUUGAUGGAAGUAAAUGGAGAACUCGAUUGUCCCAUAUCAGGUGUUCUUUUGUAGAGCAAGGGUUGAAGCCACGACCCAUGAUGAAACCUUCAAAAAUCAACCUCGAUACAGAAAAAGAAAACCAUUUGGAAGUAACCCAGACCAGGAGUUCUAGUUCAGAACUGUGUGCUCAGAUUGAGAAGUUAGUUUUGUACAGAAGGUAUCAAGAGGCACUCGAAUUGUUCGAAAUCUUGGACUGUGAAGGUGAUCAUGAUGUGAGUAGUGGUACUUAUGAUGCGUUAGUGAAUGCCUGUAUUAGUUUGAAAUCAAUUAGAGGGGUUAAAAGGGUGUUUAAUUACAUGAUUAAUAGUGGGUUUGAGCUAGAUCAGUUUAUGAGGAACAGGGUUUUGUUAAUGCAUGUGAAAUGUGGGAUGAUGAUGGAUGCGCGUAAAUUAUUCGACGAAAUGCCUCAAAGGAACUUGGUUUCGUGGAACACGAUAAUUGGGGGACUCGUGGACUCAGGAGAUUACAUAGAGGCUUUUCGGUUGUUUCUAGUAAUGUGGGAGGAAUUUUCUGAUGUUGGAUCCCGCACAUUUGCUACAAUGAUUCGAGCAUCUGCUGGGCUGGAACUUGUUUUUCCCGGUAGGCAGUUGCAUUCAUGUGCUUUGAAGAUGGGUGUAGAUGGAGAUAUAUUCAUAUCUUGUGCUUUGAUUGACAUGUAUAGUAAGUGUGGAAGCAUUGACGACGCACAAUGUGUUUUUGAUGAGAUGCCCGAGAAAACUACGGUUGGAUGGAAUUCAAUCAUAGCAGGUUAUGCACUUCAUGGAUAUAGUGAGGAAGCUUUGAAUAUGUAUUAUGAAAUGCAAGAUUCUGGUGUUAAAAUGGACCAUUUUACAUUCUCAAUGAUUAUAAGAGUGUGUGCUAGGUUAGCUUCAUUAGAACAUGCAAAACAAGCACAUGCCGGUCUAGUUCGUCAUGGUUUUGGGUUGGAUAUAGUAGCCAACACAGCACUUGUGGACUUUUAUAGCAAAUGGGGAAGGAUAGAAGACGCUAGGAAUGUCUUUGAGAAGAUGCCUCGCAAGAAUAUCAUAUCUUGGAAUGCCUUAAUUGCUGGAUAUGGUAAUCAUGGUCGGGGAAUUGAGGCAGUUGAGCUAUUUGAGCGGAUGCUUCGUGAAGGAAUGGUUCCCAAUCAUGUUACUUUUCUUGCUGUUUUAUCUGCUUGUAGCUAUUCAGGUUUAUCAGAUCUUGGGUGGGAGAUUUUUGAAUCAAUGUUCAGGGAUUACAAGGUUAAGCCCCGGGCAAUGCACUAUGCGUGUCUUAUUGAAUUAUUAGGUCAAGAAGGGCUUUUAGAUGAAGCUUUUGCUUUAAUACGAGACGCUCCCUUUCACCCUACGGUGAAUAUGUGGGCUGCUUUGCUGACAGCUUGUAGGGUCCAUAAGAAUUUUGUGCUAGGAAAAUUUGCAGCUGAGAAAAUUUACGGAAUGGGACCUGAAAAGCUUAGUAAUUAUGUUGUGCUUUUGAAUAUAUACAACCGGUCUGGGAAGUUGGAGGAAGCUGCUGGAGUUGUCCAGACCUUGAAAAGAAGGGGUUUGAGAAUGCUUCCUGUAUGCACUUGGAUUGAAAUCAAGAAACAAUCACAUGUUUUUCUUUCUGGAGAUAAGCAGCAUAUCCAAACAAGAGAGAUUUACGAGAAAAUAGACAAAUUGAUGUUGGAGAUCUCAAAGCAUGGUUAUGUUCCCGGGGAGAAGUUUUUGCUUCCUGAUGUGGAUGAAAGGGAAGAGAGGAUGCUAUUGUAUCAUAGUGAGAAACUGGCAGUUGCAUUUGGCCUCAUUAACACUUCUUCUUCUACGGCAUUGCAACUUGUGCAGAGCCAUCGAAUUUGUGGUGACUGCCAUAAUGCAAUUAAAUUAAUAGCCAUGGUUACUGGACGAGAAAUUAUUGUUCGGGAUGCAAGCAGAUUCCAUCGUUUUAAAGAUGGGAAUUGUUCUUGUGGGGAUUACUGGUGAUGGCAAUAAUUUUUUUGUUGUGGAUAGAAGAAUUCUGUAGCAAAUGAAAUUGUAUGAGAUCACAGCGAUGUUCUUUCUGAUUUAACGAGGGCAGAGAGAAGAUUCAUGGAUCAAUUAUUUUAGGCUCCUCUAUAAUUUUCUAUGCUGGUAUAAUCUUCUCAUACUUAGUUUUCACUCCAGUAUCCUUGAAUUUCUUUGUUAACUAUGCAGAAGGGGCUGUCGGCGUGGAGUCACCGUGGUCCAUUGGUCAAUACUUUGAGUUUAUUCUAGUGCUCAUGUUCAACAUUAAUAUGUAUACACACAUAAACAUCUCUCUAUAUAUCUACGUACACUUCUUUUGAUUCUUUGGAAUUUGAGUGGUCUUACAAACUUUGCAGGGGAAUUUUCCUUAAUUGCAGCAGUUUGAUUUGCAUUUCUUCUAAAAAUCUCAUCAGGUAAGGCAACUCUUGUGAUUUGUUUACUUAUUGGCCCUUUGUGUUUGAUAAUGACAAAAUUUUGAGAUUUUUUAGAUGUAUUUUGUAUUUGUGGAAUGAUGAUUUGGUAGUGGUAAUCAUGGACAUAUAUUUAAUUCUGCUCUCACCACAACUAUAUUUAAUUCUGAAACUUUGGCUUAACUAACAAAAAAAGGUUUGUAGGUUUGUCUCUUUUGAGAAAUUGCGACUUUUUUCCUAAAUUUUGAAAUAGGUAGGAAAGGGAGAAUAUAAUUUUAAUGUUGAUAAUGUUGUCAAUGAAAAUUCAAUGUAAUUAAGCAACCAGUUGAAUUGGGCAACAUCGGGCGGCAAAUUUGUAUUCAGUUUAGCUGGUGCCAAAGUGGUGAAGAAUCUGAAAUUCAAAAAUUUGUUAAUGGUCUGAAUGGUGGCUCUGUGUUUACACCAGAGGCCAAAGUGAUAGCAUUUGAAGAUUCUUGGCAAAUUUUUGGCUUCAAACUCAUUCAAGUUCUAGUGAAAAUGGGGUUUGUAAUGGAUUCCCUCAAUUUAGUUCAUGAAGGCAUAACUUUUGAUUUAGGUCGCAGUGAAAUACCUAUCUAAAUCAACCUGCCAUUGUAUAAUGUUCAGAUUUCUAAAAUGCUCUGAAAUUAUUCUAGAAAUGUGAGGAUCAUUUCAGUACUUGCAAUUCUGUGAUUGCAAAUGUCUUCCUUGAUUUUGUAUAUAUCCACUUUUUUAUUAUUAUUAAUAUAUAUAGUAAGAAUAAGCACCAAUUACACCCCUGAACUGGUAUUUUUCAUCUUCUUAGCAUGACCUAAUGGUUGCGAAUGACCACUCUUGACACCUUCUGAUGACACAUGGAACAUGAAGAAUAAUGUUGGUUAUAUGCUUAUAAUGAGACUAUAGAAAUGCUCCUUUAUUGAAUCUAACUAUGCCCUCAAAGCUCAUAAGAAGGCAAUCUCAGUACUUAAAAUAUCCUGAGAAUUUGUCAUUGCAAAGUCUAUUAUAUGCAGUAGAAAUUUCAGUUGGUGUGGGUACUGUGCUUAUUAACUGCAUUGCAGAAUACCUUGGAAGAUGAAAGCUGGGUUUGGAACGCAUAAAAGCUAAGAAAGAGAAUUCUAUGUACACAAAGUCAUAAACCCAAAGGAUGCAGUUUCCAUAGUUCACAAGAAAUAGGACUCUUUGUUGGCAAUUCUAGUAUUUAAGUCACCACCAUCAAGCCUUCCACAAAAAGGCUUAAUCCUAAUCCUUGAUUAAUUGUCCGAGCUCAGGCUCAUCAUAAAAUAACCAAGUGGCAGGAUGAGGAUUACAUCAAAAAAACAAUUUCAUAGAUAACAACAAAGCACAACCCCUGAAUAAUUGCCGUCACUAUUGCUCUUUAUAUAUCUUAAAUAUAGGUAAAUAGCAUGAAAAGGAAAAGGCUUACUUCAGAUGUCUAUGUUGCUCCAGAUUCUGAAUGAUCCCAAUCAUCAAACAGAGUGCCUUUUCGAUCUUUGGAAUUAUAACCCUGCAUCAGAAGUGAAAAAUGAUUGACACAUGAAAAUAAAGUAGCUGAGAACUAAUUUCUUAACAAUUUCUACACCAU